AUGCUGGAAUUGCGGACGAGUAGCUCGUCCGUGUAUUCGGUAUGCCGUGGAUCUUCUCGCUCGAAGCACAUCUCCGCUAAACCCGAAGGGGGGACACUGUCGCCGCCGUGUUCUCGCCCCGCGUGGGGUUUCAAGUCGACUCACUGGAGAAUUCUGAACAAGUCAUCGUGCUCCGCCGUGACUGCGGUCUUGCCGGACUGUGGCGAUGGUGCUACCUGGCUGGCGGCGCCGGCGAGUCGCUGCAGAGUAGAUUCCGAAGGUUUUGAAGAGCGGGAGGGAGAAGCCGAUGUGCCGGUGAAGACGAGGGAAUAUCAGUCUCUGAACUUCUCUGGCGUGAAGAUUCACUUCCUGGAGGAGAGGGAGGAGGGGAUCCUUUCUAGGAGAAUGCUGAAGCUCAGCAGGAACAACAAGGUACGGAGCGCCCUCGAACUGUUCGCGUCAAUGUCCAUUUCAGGUAUCAGACCGGAUAGCCAUGCCUGCAACUCUCUGGUUGCUUGCCUCAUUCGGAAUGAAUAUCUAGACGACGCUCUAGCGGUCUUUGCAAUCAUGAGGAAAGAGAGCAUGGCCACGGGCCAUACCUUCAGCCUGAUCUUCAAAGCGUUAGCUGAGGCAAGGGGUUGCGGCCCUGCCAUUGAGAUGUUCGUGGAGAUGGAGUCGGAGGGAAGAACAGUGGAGGGGAGAUUUGAUGUAAUAGUCUACAACACGAUGAUUUCGAUUUGCGGACGGUCGAAGAACUGGCUUGAGGUGGAGCGGAUGUGGAGGAGACUGAGAGAGAGCGACUGCAUCGGGACGAUGCUGACCUAUCGUCUUCUCAUCAGCACCUUCGUGCAGUGCGGCCAGGCAGAACUUGCUCUCUCCGCCUACAACGAGAUGAUCCAGAAUGGCCUGGAACCAGAUGAGGAUAUCAUGAAAGGUAUAAUCUCCGUCUGCACAAAAGAAGGAAAAUGGGAAUCGGGUCUCACUGUGUUCCAUCGAAUGCUGGACAGGGGCAUCCAGCCGAACGCCAUUGCAUUCAAUUCGAUGAUCAAUUGCCUAGGGAAGGCAGGAGAGUCUGACCACGCAUUCAGGAUCUUCGAGCUCAUGAGAUCCUCCGGCCUCUCUCCCGAUGUAUACACCUGGAGUGCAUUGCUCAAUUCUCUGUACAGUUCCAGAAGAUAUGCGGAUGCACUUAGACUGUUUGAGUUCAUCAUGAAAGGGAGAUCAGAAUUGAAUGUCCACCUUUAUAAUGUGGCUCUGAUGUCGUGCCAGAGGCUUCGUCUAUGGGACCGUUCCUUGCAGAUCUUGUGGAACAUGGAGGAGAGUGGGAUGCCGGUGCCCACUGAAUCUUAUAAUCUGGUUAUUCUGGCCUGUGAGCGGGCAAAGCAACCAAAAGUUGCAGUCGAAGUUUAUGAGCAUAUGAUCCACAACAAGUGCGUCCCAGAUACAUUCACUUAUCUGUCUCUCAUACGAGCAUGCAUCUGGGGAUCUCUUUGGAUCGAAGUCGACGAAAUACUGAGGGUAAGUAGUUGCUACAAAUGUUCCAGUAUAAGAUUUUUUGUAUUAAACGUUCCUUUUUGCUUCCAUGAUACAUCAAAUUGUUCGUACUAAGAUACUUUCCUUAUCUUAUCUCGUUUUCUUUCCUUUUGUUCAUCCCACUUAUAGGGUUCUUUAUAGUUACAUCAAGCUUUUGUGUUCUUCUUUACAACAUCAAAAUUUUAUAAAUUUUGAUUUCAUAUGAUUAAAUCAAACGUUUAUGGGAAUCUUUAUGGGAAUAUUUACAUCUGACUUUUGUGGAUUAUUUAGUGCGAUUCUUUGCAAUCAGAUCUGAAUUUUAUGUGAUUCUUUAUAAUUCCAUAAAGAGCUUUGUGACAAUUUAUUUACUCCAAAACCUUUGGGAUUAUUUAUGGUUUCAUAAAACUCUAUGAGAUAUUUUAUAGUCACAUCAGAAUUUUAUUCGAUUCCUGACAACUACAUCAAUAUCCAAUUACGUCAUAAUUCCAUGGGAUUCUUCAUAAUUGCAUCAAAAGCUUGUGCGCUUCUUGAUAGUUGCACAAAAAAAUUAUGAGAUCCUUUAUCAUUUACGUCAUAAUUUUAUGCUCUUCUUUAUCAGUAUAUCAAACUUAUUUUGGAUUAUUUACAAUUUCAUCAAACUUCUAUGGGAUCCGUCACAAUUUCAUCGGAGUUUCACGCAAUUCGUUAUAACCAAAUCGAAAUCUUAUGGGACUCUUCACAGUUACAUCAAUCAGACACAGAAUAUGCAAUGAUGAUCGAUCCAACCUGUAUUAACUUUUAUAUUUUCUUUCAAGGCUCAAUCUCCUCCAAUCGAUGCAGUCCAUUUCCCCAAGUUUUAUGUAAAAUUGUCCAGAACAAUCCCCCCUGUUCUCUCAUCCUCUCACUUCAUCCUCCAUUUGCUGCAGCGGGUUAAGCCAGGUGCUUCUCUCUACAAUACGAUCAUCCAAGGGUUUUUCUUGAGAGGGAAGAUUAAAUCGGCAAAGAAGCUGUACGACAAGAUGCGAGCCAACGGGUUUGAGCCCGACGGUAAAACCAGGGCGUUGAUGCUCCAGCACCUCAGAGAAGAUAGAACCUGA